AUGCCUCCUCCUCCUCCUCCUCUUCAUCUGUUGGAGUUCUGGGAGGAUCCAGCAGUCAUGAACCUGGAACCUCUCCCCCCUCAUCUUGGUUUUGGCAAGGUGAAAGAACCUGUCAAGAAGCCUGCCCCCUCUGAGAAACCUCUCAACAAAUCCAAAGACCUUGUCAUUUUUGAUGAGAAACUGGUGUUGCUUCAUUCUGAUGACUGGCAUCCACCUGUUGGCAUCAUUGACCUCACCAUCAAUCAUGGUCAUGGUAACAGGGAUGAAUGGGUGGGUAUUCAAGGGAGUGACAUGCCAGGUUUCUUUGGUAGCUAA